AUGCCGCUCUUCAACAAUAGAGAUCCCAGCGAAGACGUCCGCCAAAAUGGCGUCGGACCAGAACCCGAAGAAGGGGAGCAAUCUGCGCCAGAUGAGCACACACGUCUACUCCCGAAUCGCGUCAACUCGACUCAAGGCUUAUUUGCACCCGAUGAUCCAGCUGUUUCGCCGUAUAACCUAUGGAGCAUUCGGGCCUUGAGAUAUCUCACUAUUGUCUUCACCCUUGUGACCUUCAUCUGGUGGGUUCUACUGCUAAUGUCUACGUUUGCCACACCUCCGGGAUUCCAGCGUCCAGGUAGUGGAUGGCUAGCCUAUAACUAUGCCAGUUUGACACUUGCAAACCUGCUCUUUACGCUUGUGUUCUUUGGUGUGCCUUCGAAAUCAGUCAGGAUGUUGGUAAUCUUCAUUUCGGGUGUUCUAACUCUCGAUAUGAUCCUUCUCCUAGCUGUGCACAAGAUUCGAUAUGAGGAAAACUGGGUUGGAACUAUCAGCGUCAUGUGGGCUCUCUUGAUGAGCCUGUGGACUCUGUUCACGGAUCGCAUGGUGAAAUGGGGCAAGGCCGAAGAGGAGGAGCGCUUGACCGGACGCGCCGAGACGAGACGUACACUCUUUGAAUGGUUCGAGGUGAUGCUUUCGACCAUUGCGUACACCAUCAUGUCAAUGGCCCUGUUCCUCAUCACCUUGACCAUCAUUCUCCGAGAUCUUGACGCAGGCGUGGCACCGCCAGGAAAGCUUUACUGGGUCGAUGAUGGCAAGUAUCGCAUCCAUGUGUACUGCCAUGGUAACAAGACGGAUUCAGGAGGCAAUGAGCUGCCUACGGUGCUGUUUGAAGGCGGUGAGUCGACGGUUGAGCGAGACUUUUGGUCGUUCGCGGAUAGUGCUGUCAACAAUGGCUCUAUUUCUCGAUACUGUUUCGCAGACCGUCCUGGAUACGGCUGGUCAGACACUUCUCCCUCACCAUCCUCAGCCGGAUUCGUGACUGAUGUGGUGAGCGAGGCAUUGGCCCAGGCAGGUGAGAGGGGGCAUUGGGUUUUGGCCAGCGCCGGAAUCGGUUCAAUCUACUCGCGAGUCUUCUCGUCCCACAAUGGCGAUCGGGUGAAGGGCCUACUCUUGAUCGAUCCCCUACACGAGGACUUGCUUGACCAAGUCGGAGCCCCAGGGCGAGGAUUCCUACUCUGGCUACACGGCGUCAUCUCCCCGCUAGGCCUGGAUCGACUACCAGGAGCUAUUUUUCGAGGACGAACGAGCCGGGAUCGCGUGUACGGGCGAUCAGCGCAGCAGGGAGGCAAGUUCAUCUUUGCCAAGCUGCAAGAGAAUUUCGUGGCGAUAUCGUUUACACGAAGAGAUGCGAAGAACAGUCGGCAGAUCCAGGACAAGGAUACGCCGCUUGUGGUGAUCACCUCAGGAUUACAUGUCAAGCAGAGCAGUACGUGGGAGAAGAAGCAGCGAGAUUUGACUAGGCUGACGGAUAAGUUGAAGAGCUGGGAUAUUAUAGAUGGGGCGCCGCAUGAGGUUUGGAAGACGUUUGAGGGAAGGGAAACGAUUGAGAAGCGACUUAAGGAGUUAGUGCAUGGAUGA